UACACUCUCAAUCCUCAUCGUCAAAUAAAAUAUUUUUCUUCUUUUUUAAGAUCCCUCCAUGGUCGUUGUAAUUUACUUUUAGCAUUUAAUUCAUUAACUAUAACACCUUUACAACUUUUUUCUGGCGUUAAAUUUUUUGUUUUAUUUUCUGGAACUAAUUUUAUAAGACUUAAAACUUGCUAUUAUUUUGCUUUUUUACCUUUAAUUGGGGCUGGAUUGGCUACAAGUGCACAAUUAUGUGUUGGAGUGGAUAGAUUAAUUAGUGUUUUGUUUCCUUUUUGGUAUAAAGACAGCGAUAUUUACAUUUCUACCUCAAUUUUAUUAAUUUUCUGUGUUAUUAGAUGUUUUAUUGUCACUUGUUAUUAUGUUUAUGGCAUUUCACUACAUCCUGACAAGUAAAUGAUUAUUAAAAAAUAUGAUCUGCACCAAUUCUAUGCAUGUACAUCCUCGGAAUAAUAGAAGAACCCUCUCUUAACAUAUAGGAGAUAAACUCUUGGACAUUAAGUUAGAACAAGUUGAUACUAAAAAGGAAAAAGUAUGAAUAUAAGCUGAUGAAAAGGGAUAGUUAAGAAUUACAUCUCUAAUAAGUGGCCCUCUCUAAUCGAAGUUUAACAAGAUUAAUUAUUAAAAAAGACACUAAUGAGCGACUCUGUGGGAGUACUGGUAUAUCUUAAGACGCUGUCCUUGUAUUGAGGAUAUACCUAUGUAAAAAUUAUUUAAGCAUGGUAAUGUGCGGGCCAGGGGAUAUUGUUACACCAGAUAUUGCCCCUUUUAUCUACACUGAAGGUCUAGUUUUGUUUUUCAUUGAAUUUGGUUGUUAUGUUGUUAUUUGGAUAAUUAUUUUAAUUAAAAAUUCUUCUCAAGGUAAAAAGUCGGGAAAGAUAAUAAAUGAUAUUUUGCUAAUUUUAAAGAGAUGGCAUAUGCAAAAAAAUUAA